UUGACAGCACCGUAAGACUCUGGUUUUGAAAGACCCGCUAAACGAGCAAGAAGGUUUAGCUAACAGCCUAAAAAAACCCACUCUAUGUAAAAAUCAUAGCGACAGCACAGCGCCAUCGAACUUUUUUUUUUUCCGAUAGAAGAAGAUGGAGUGUGUAGUCCCAUUCCGGCGAUGCUUCUGUCUCAAUUCGCCGGAGAUACGCCACCGCAUCGUCAACCACAGCCGUCGCCAUCUCCAUAUCUCUAUCACCUCCUCCUCUUUCGCAUCAGGGCUUUGGCCUCUCUCUGAUAAGAAGAAUCGAUUUCUUUCUCCACUCGCGCAGAGAAGCUUCUUGCAUCGCCGUACGGGCUCCGUCGAGCACCUUCCUCUUUCCAUGAACUCGUCUGUGAUUGGCAACUCGGAAGAAGAAGUGGAGGAAGAAGAGGAUGAUGAUGCAGACUGGGAGUCAGAAUUUCUUGGGGAGAUUGAUCCGUUGGAUAUACAACCUCCAAAGAAGAGGAAAAAGCAGAAGAAUUCGAAAGCCCUCGACGACACUGAAGGGAUGGAUUGGUGUGUCAGGGCAAGGAAAAUUGCGCUUAAGUCGAUUGAGGCAAGAGGAUUGUCUUCUAGAAUGGCAGAGAUGUUGCCUCUUAAGAAGAAGAAAAAGAAAAGGAGCAAGAAAGUAAUUGUAAACAAGAAAGAAAAGGUCAAAAGUAAAAGUGUUCCCGAAGAUGAUUUUGAUACAGAUGAAGAAGAUUUGGAUAUUGAAGAUGGACCGGUGGAGGAUAAGAUGGGGGAUUUGCGGAAGAGAGUUAGUUCAUUAGCUGGUGGAAUGUUUGAGGAGAAGAAGGAGAAGAUGAAGGAGCAAUUAGCUCAGAGGCUAUCCCAGUUUUCAGGACCUUCUGAUCGUAUGAAGGAAAUCAACCUGAACAAAGCUAUAAUAGAAGCGCAGACUGCUGAGGAGGUACUGGAAGUAACAGCUGAGACUAUCAUGGCUGUUGCCAAAGGUUUAAGUCCAUCGCCAUUGUCUCCCCUAAACAUUGCUACUGCACUCCACCGAAUUGCCAAGAAUAUGGAGAAAGUUUCGAUGAUGAGAACUCGUAGGCUUGCAUUUGCUCGGCAAAGAGAGAUGUCAAUGCUUGUUGCUCUUGCAAUGACAUGUCUACCAGAAUGUUCAGCUCAAGGAAUCUCAAAUAUUUCUUGGGCAUUGUCCAAAAUAGGGGGUGAAUUGCUUUACUUGACAGAGAUGGAUAGAGUUGCAGAAGUUGCCACAUCAAAGGUUGGGGAUUUCAAUUCUCAGAAUGUUGCUAAUAUUGCAGGGGCGUUUGCUUCCAUGCGGCAUUCUGCUCCAGAACUCUUUGCUGAGUUGUCAAAGAGGGCUUCCACUAUUGUCAUUACCUUUAAGGGCCAAGAGAUUGCUCAACUAUUGUGGUCAUUUGCCUCACUUUAUGAGCCAGCUGAUUCUUUGCUAGAAUCUUUGGAUAGUUCUUUUAAAGGCUGUGACCAGUUCAAGUGCUGCUUAACAAAAGAAAUGGCAAACCAUGAUGAGGUAGCAGACGUUGAAGUAAGCAAUGGUGCUUCAGGAUCUCCAGCACUUAGCUUUAACAGGGACCAGCUUGGAAACAUAGCAUGGUCUUAUGCUGUUCUUGGGCAAGUUGAGCGACCUUUCUUUGCCAAUAUAUGGAAUACUUUGACCAGCUUGGUGGAGCAAAGGCUUUCAGAACAGUAUAGGGAAGACGUCAUGUUUGCUUCUCAGGUGUAUCUUGUAAAUCAGUGCUUGAAGCUUGAGUGCCCCCACCUUCAGUUGUCACUUUGUCAUGGACUCGAAGAGAAAAUAACCCGUGCAGGAAAAACCAAAAGGUUCAAUCAGAAAAUAACCUCAUCUUUUCAGAAAGAAGUUGGACGCCUUCUAAUCAGUACAGGGCUUGAUUGGGCUAAAGAACAUGAUGUGGAUGGUUACACUGUGGAUGUUGCUCUGGUCGAGAAGAAAGUUGCUUUAGAAAUCGACGGGCCAACUCAUUUCUCAAGAAACUCUGGACUACCAUUAGGGCAUACAAUGCUGAAGCGGCGAUAUGUUGCUGCUGCUGGAUGGAAAGUGGUAUCUUUGUCUCUUCAAGAGUGGGAAGAACAUGAAGGCAGCCACGAACAGCUAGAAUAUUUGAGGGAGAUUCUCAAAGGCUGCAUAUAGAGAAGACAGUAACAAAACAUGUAACUCAUUGUCAUUUUAAUUAAUUGCUCUUUUCCCUUAUGUAUAUAGUUAAGAUUCUUAUAGUGUAUUGAGAAUUUAUGUUUAGAGCAACAAACAUAAUUGAAACCCAUUUAAGUUA